AUGGCUGACAAGGAAAGUCCACAACUCUCACAGGAUGACCUCCUGGCUCAAAUCACCGAGCUUCAGGCAGAAGUACGAAGAAUAGCUGAGCUGUCGACGCAGAACAAUGGAGAAAGCUCCAAAAACUCAGCUCAAGGUUCUAUAGACCCUUUAAACAUCGCCCCGUCAAAGGAAAAGCUCACCCUCGACAACCCCUUCUCCGAGGAGAUCACAAAUUAUCAGAUGCCAAAAAACUUUACUCUCCCCACCGCAUUGGAGCCAUACAAAGGGUUCGGCGACCCCCGAGCCCACGUAAAGAAGUUCCAAUCAAUGAUGUUUUUCAACGGCCCUAAAAAUGAGCCCGUCCUCUGCCGAGCAUUCCCUACCUACCUCAACGGUGCUGCAUUACUCUGGUUCUCUAAACUUCCCGAAGGCUCAAUCUCCUCCUUUGAAGAUCUCGCCAGAUCGUUCAUUGAUUACUUUGCUGCAUCAAGAAUCUACGUACAUGGAUCGGACUACCUCGGCACCAUUAAGCAAGGUCAGCAUGAGACCCUGAAGGACUACAUGACCAGAUUCGCUGACGCAACUAUGGAGAUCCAGGAUUUAGACCCGGCCGUUCACCUGCACGCCCUCAAGGCCGGCCUCAGGUCCGGCAAAUUCCGGGAGACCAUUGCCAUAACAAAGCCAAAGACGCUAGAAAAAUUCCGAGAAAGGGCGGCAGGUCAAAUGGAGAUCGAAGAACUCCGAGAAGCCCAGAAAUCGGACAAACAACCUCAUCGGAGAGAUGAAAAAAGAACUUUCAGAUCCCCAGGUAGCAGAGACAUUAAGAAGACUUCCAAGCCCGCAUCAAAAUACAAUACGUACACUAGAUUCAAUACCAGAAGAGAAAACAUCAUCAGAGAAAUUCUCAACGCCAAAAUCAUAAAGCCACCAGUGCGAGUAGGAAAUUACCAGGAUCAAAGGUUUGCAGAUAGGACAAAGCAUUGUGCUUUCCAUCGAAAGUUCGGUCACACCACGGACGACUGCAUAGUCGCGAAGGACCUCCUGGAAAGGCUGGCACGCCAAGGGCUCUUGGACAAAUAUAUCGAGAAUCGGAGAGGCCAAGGAGGAAACUCGGAUAGGGGAGAGAACAAACAGGCAACGAUGGACAACAACAAAAAAGAACGGACAACCCCUGAUCCACCAAGGGGAAUCAUUAGCCACAUAUCAGGAGGAUUCGCAGGCGACGGAGAAACAAGCUCAGCCAGGAAGCGAAGCUACAGAAUGAUGCUAGCAAUCGAAGGAACCAUACAGCCGAAGAAGGACAAAGAACCUGGCGUCACCAUAUCCUUCAACCAAGCAGAUUUCAGAUCGGCAAGCCCUAACCUCGACGACCCGGUGGUAAUUACUAUCCAGGUCGGAGACCUGUUGGUAAGAUAA